UCAAACAAAGUGUCUGAGUUUAGAGAAAUGAACAUGUUGUGUAGAGAAUAAAGUAAACAUGUUAAAGCUGCUUUGUUUAGUGAUGUGUAAACUGUUCAGAAGUGAGUGUGUGACCAUGAGCACAGUGGAGAGCUGGAUGUCGUGUGAAACACUAGACUGUGUGGUUUUCCUGUGGCUAAUAUGUUCUGCUUCCUGAUUCUUACAUUUAAAUGAGAGUCUCGACAUUUUCACUUCAUCCAGAGGCUGAAAUGGAGCUGCUCGUCCUCCUGAUCUUCUUCCAUCUGAUUCUGGACAUUAACUCUCAAUAUCGUCCUCAGCCCCAGCUCUCUGUGUCUCCUGAUGUUAUCACACUGAGAGGAUCAGUGCAGCUUCACUGUCAUGUUCCAUACCAUCUUAAAGUGUCUCAGUGUUUUUUCUACCCAGAGAAACAAAACACAUAUCUAAAACUCUCUCCAUCGUGUCAGCUCUCAGUCACUGGUUCUGAACUGAUCAGAUGGACAGGACACAGAUCUCCUGAAGCACUUCGUAUUAUUUGUUACUACGCUUUGGAUAAAUCAGUUCGUGUUCCUUCUCCUCACUCUCUCUCAGCUCCAGUCACAGUGAUGUAUCAGAAACCGAGACUAAGCGUUGUUUAUGAUGAUCAGACUGAUGACAUCAGACUUUCAUGUGAAAUACCAGAGUCAGAGUCAGUAACUGCUGAUGUUAGGUGUAAUCUCUACACUGGAGAAAAUCCUCAGCCUUAUCUAAAGAUCCUAAGAUCUAAAAAGAAAACAUCUAGGAAGUUAUCUUGUAUUUUUACAGCACAGAGAAAUGAUGUGUUUAAUGUUCUGCAGUCAGUAAAGAGCAGUGAAGUGAGCUGUGAUUAUUCACUGAUCUCUGACUCGACUGCUCGCUCUCUAAUGAGUGAUAAAUACAAUCUGAUAUCUUUUUUCCCUACACCGACACAGACGUCUACAACUGAAACAUCUACUGCAGGUUUAUUUCCUGCACCGACACAGACGUCUACAACUGAAACCUUCACUACAGUUUCUACAACUGAUCUGAUUACCACAAAGCACAUAACCACUCAUUUACAUCCUGUACCGACGACACCAUCCACACCUACAGAGACAUCUACUGCAAUUCUUUAUACUCAUCUGAUCAGAGCGAUGACUGGAUCUUCUGAGAACCUGCAGGUUUCAUCCCUCUGGACGAUUGGAGCAGUGUGUGUGCUUGUGUCUGGAGCUUUACUGACUGGAUUCAGUAUCUUCAUCAUCCUCAGGACCGACAGAAGAGGAAGGUGAGAAACUUCUGCCAUUUAUUUCGUCACAAAUCCAAGUAAAUGACUAACUGUCCAAAUGUCCUCUGUGUUCUGUUUCUCUCAUCUCUGUUUGACUCGACAGAUUUAAAGACCCUGGUGAGGUUUACACACAGGUGAUCUACACACUCUCCUCUCAGCAGCUCUCAGAAGAAACUCAGCUCCUUUCAGCUUCCUCUGAAUGAUGGACACCGAUCAGGACGCGCUGCUUCUCGUCUGUGCUUCAUUUCAUUUCAAGUCUCUGCUUAAUGAAUUAAUCUCAAUUAGCUUCCACUUGUUCACUGUAUCGAUAGACAAAGUUUCAGAUAAUUUUAUUGUGAUCGUGAUGAUGUUAAAUAUUUGUGAGAUAUAUUUGGACAGGUUUGUAGACCUCACUGCUCCAUACAGAAUGAAAUGAUUACACUGACUACAGCACCGUCGUUCAUAUCCACAACUAAAAAGUAGGAAUAAACUUUUAGAUUUGAACCUUUUCGUGUGUUUUUAGUGUCUGUAAAAUGAUGAGCAAUAAAUCUAUGAACUAUCAGUCAGAGACACUGGCAGUGACCCGAGUCACCUACAGGAUCUCUGGGUCCAGUGGUGUUGUGAUUGUGGGGCUUCAGGGGAUUUAAACCCCUCAUGUACUGUCACAAGUCUCUGGGCUUUUUAAGACUGGAAACGUUUUACACCACAAAUAAAGUACCAGAUUUACCAGUACAAGAAA